CCCUCUCGACCCCGUCGCAUCCCACGGAGGCGAUGACACAAAAAAAAAAAAAAAAAGGAGAGAACUUCCGCAGAGAGGAAGCAGAAGCAAAGUCAGUUUCCUGAUCAUUAAUCAUCCGCAGAGAACACGGUGAGGAAAUUGAAACGGAAGCACUGAGUGGAACUUCGGAGAGAUGAGCGUGAUCGACCUGAUAACGAGGGUCGACGCGAUUUGCAAGAAGUACGACAAGUACGAUGUCGACAAGCAGAAGGAGCCUAACGUCGCCGGUGACGACGCUUUUGCCCGCCUCUACGGCGUUAUCGAGGCUGAUGUCGAAUCCGCCGUCCAGAAAUCGGAGUUGGCGGCGACGGAGAAGAACAGAGCUACUGUGGUCGCGAUGAACGCGGAGAUUCGGCGGACUAAGGCUCGGCUGCUCGAGGAGCUCCCCAAAUUGCAGAGACUGGCAUUCAAAAAGGUGAAGGGACUUUCGAAAGAAGAGCUCGAGGCUCGAAACGAUCUAGUCUUGGCUCUGAAGGACAGAAUUGAAGCUAUUCCUGAUGGGACUGUUGGUGGAUCUUCCCAAAAUGGUGGUUCUAUGGCCUCAACUUCUCGCAUGGGGAUCAAAUUCGACACGACUUCAGAUAGGAGAUAUGAUAGUGAACACUAUCAGCAAACUGAGGAAUCCGACAGGUUCAGGCAGGAGUAUGAAAUGAGGCGAAUCAAGCAGGAUCAAGGGUUAGAUGUGAUUGCAGAGGGAUUGGACACCCUGAAAAACAUGGCUGGUGACUUGAAUGAGGAAUUGGACAGACAAGUACCCCUGAUGGAUGAAAUAGAUGACAAGGUUGACAGGGCAGCGUCUGAACUCAAAAACACAAAUAGGAGGCUCAAAGAUACAGUUACUCAGCUGAGGUCGAGUCGCAACUUCUGCCUCGACAUAAUCCUUCUGUGUAUAAUUCUCGGGAUAGCAGCCUACUUAUACAACGUGCUGAAAUAGAAAAUGCUUGUGAGCUCGGAUUUGCAACCUCACACGAGAUGCCCCAUCUUUCUGCCAAUAGGUUUCCAGUCAAUCCUCACGGUGUGAUCUGCUGUAUUAUCCUGUUCUUGGAGGAGUUCUUUGUAGAGUUUCCACCCUCUGUGGUUAUCUAUGGUUCCGGAUAAAUUUUUCCCCGUUGUGUGUGUGAUUACCGAGGAAUCUAUGCAUAAACGGAGUAGUUUGAAAUGCAUGUGUUACAUGUUCCAUAACAUACAAGUUAGCUGUAAAGGGUCUUGCCCUGAAUAAAAACUUGAUGAACUAUUAUGUAAAGGAGAAUCUGCUUAUGGAUAAGGAUUCAUCCAUUCCAUAUAUGUAUAAUUGAGAGUGUCCUUUUCCUUGUCGUA